GACGUUUGAGGGGAAAUUUUUUUGGUUGAAAGCAAGUUUUUUGCAAAUACAUGAUGUUUUCUAUAAAUAUAUUUAUAUUUAUGUAAAGCCUGAUUAUCAUAUUUUGUGCACUUGGUAAUAAACAUCAAAUCAAAUAGUCAAGAUCUUUUAGAUCUUAGGUCUUUUAUCAAACAUGUAUCUAACAGAUGCUGAUUAUGAUAAAAUAUGCAUAAAAAUGCCAUGCUAUGGAAUUUACUAUUAUUGAUUUAGCAAUGAAUAUAAAUUGCUUGAAACUGAAGAAAUAAACCCAAAAAACACAAUAAAGACAGAUGAAGAGAACAAAGACAGUUAAAAAUAACAUUUCCUUGAAGACAUUUCCUUGGGUGUAAACCUGUUCAUCAGUCCUAAUGUUUCCUAAUAGACUGAGACAAUGACUAAGUCUGUUACUCAACAUGCCGCCCAACUAAGUGUAUUUAAGUCACUAACCACCUGAAUCCAAGCCAAGCAGAAGCAGAUCAUUGAGGACGAGACAGCAUGACUUACUACAGACUCUGCGUUCUUGUUGGCCUGGUGGUCAUCGUCCAUUCAGGUCCAAUACCACUCCAACCUGAGAACGAUGAAGCUUUUGCAGAGGGUUACCUGAAGAAAUUCUACAAUUUCACUGGGGCCGAUUCCAAAGGGAGGACUAACCAAAUGAGUCUGAAAAUAGCUGAGAUGCAGAAGUUUUUUGGCCUCAAAGUGACAGGAUCUCUGGACCCAGACACGAUGAAGGUGAUGAAGGCGCCCCGCUGUGGAUUUUCAGAUGUUGCUCGCUUCUCCACAUUUGGUCCUAAAUGGCGGAAGACACAGCUAACUUACAGGAUUGUGAACUACACUCCUGACAUGACUGAGGCUGAAGUGGACAGUUCUAUCGCUAGAGCUUUCCAAGUCUGGGCUGCCGUCUCUCCCCUCAGGUUCACCCGCAUCAACAGUGGUGAAGCCGAUAUCGUGAUUUCCUUCACUAGAAGAUCCCACGGCGACUUCUUCCCUUUUGAUGGACCAAAUGGCACCCUGGCUCAUGCUUUCCCUCCUUUUCCUGAAAGUGGUGACAUUGGUGGAGACAUACAUUUUGAUAAGGAUGAACAUUUCACCCUCUAUUCACAAAAAGGAUUUAUUCUGUUCGUGGUGGCAGUUCAUGAAUUUGGGCACUCAUUGGGACUGUUUCACUCUAGUGAUCCUAAAGCCGUGAUGUAUCCCAUCUACCAGUAUUGGGAUCCUGGUCAAUUUUCUUUGCCUGAUGAUGAUGUUAGAGGAAUACAGGCUCUCUAUGGUAAGGAUAUCAUCUUUUCAUGUGAAUGUUAUUUUCCAGGGCCAUACACUGACAAUCCAUAUUUACCUGACCCAGUUACCAAUGACCCUGCAUUUGUGCCUGGCCCAGUUACCAAAGAGCCUGCAUUUGUGCCUGGCCCAGUUACCGAAGAGCCUCCAUAUUUACCUGACCAAGUUACCAAAGAGCCUUCAUUUGUGCCUGACCCAGCUACCAAAGAGCCUCCAUUUGUGCCUGACCCAGCUACUGAAGAGCCUCCAUAUUUACCUGACCCAGUUACCAAAGAGCCUGCAUUUGUGCCUGACCCAGCUACCAAAGAGCCUCCAUUUGUGCCUGACCCAGCUACCAAAAAGCCUCCAUUUGUGCCUGACCCAGCUACCGAAGAGCCUCCAUUUGUGCCUGACCCAGCUACCAAAGAGCCUCCAUUUGUGCCUAACCCAGUUACCAAAGAGCCUGCAUUUGUGCCUGACCCAGUUACCAAAGAGCCUCCAUUUACAGAUACUGAAGAUAACAGCAUCGAACCCUUAUUUCCAGUCAUUCCAAACGCCUGUGACCAUAAGCUAGUUAUUGAUGCAGUUACCACCCUGAGAGGAGAAAAGCUGUUUUUUAAAGACAGUUUCUUGUGGCGUAGUUACAGCAACAGCAGAGAAACUAAGCAAUACGAUAUCAGGAGUUUCUGGCCUGACAUUCCUGAUAACAUUGAUGCCGCUUAUGAGAAUCCAGUGCAGGACAAAGUGUAUUUUUUUAAAGGUACACAAGUUUGGGUAUUCUCCCACUAUAGUAGUGAGAAACUCUAUCUCGAGAGCCUCAGCAGCAGGUUCGGACUGCCGGAUACUGUGCAGAAAGUUAACGCUGCCGUCUAUGAUGAGAAAACAGACAAGACUUUGUUAUUCGUGGGCAGCAACUUCUAUAGCUACAAUGAAAAGAGCAAAACAUUGGACAGCAGUCAGCCCACACUAGUGAAGGAUUUAUUUCCAGGGAUUACUGGCAAAAUUACAGCAGCCUUUCAGUAUAAAGGUUACAUCUACCUGUACAGUGGGCCAUACAUGUACGAGUACUCUGAAAACAAGCUAUCUGCUACGUUGAAGAGCGAUCACUUUUUUAACUGUAAAUAA